GGUCUGUGGAUCCUUGGGAGAUGCAGGCUGCCUUGGUUGCAGUUGCCCAAGCGCAGCUGCCUACUUGCCAACUUCUCUGCCUUGGUCCCGGGGUGUCGGGAGGCACUGGAGUCCAACCAUGCAGCCGGGAGCAGCGCUGCAGGCCAUGUUGCUGGCGGUGCUGCUGGCCAAACCGAGGGAUUCGAAGGGUCGCCUGCUGAGCGCCUCGGACUUGGACCCCAGAGGAGGGCAGCUGGUCUGCCGGGGAGGGACAAGGAGGCCUUGCUAUAAAGUCAUUUAUUUCCAUGAUGCCUUUCAAAGACUGAGCUUUGAGGAAGCCAGAGAAGCCUGCAUGGAGGACGGGGGACAGCUGGUCAGCAUCGAAACAGAGGAUGAGCAGAGGCUGAUAGAAAAGUUCAUUGAAAACCUCCUGGCAUCUGAUGGUGAUUUCUGGAUUGGCCUCAAGAGGCUGGAGGAGAAACAGAACAACAAUACAGCCUGCCAGGACCUUUAUGCUUGGACAGAUGGAAGCACGUCACAGUUCAGGAACUGGUAUGUGGACGAGCCUUCCUGUGGCAGCGAGGUCUGCGUGGUCAUGUACCAUCAGCCAUCAGCUCCGCCGGGCAUCGGGGGCUCAUACAUGUUCCAGUGGAAUGACGACCGGUGCAACAUGAAGAACAAUUUCAUUUGCAAGUAUUCAGACGAUAAACCAAGUGCAAUGCCCUCUACUAGGCCUGGAGAGCAUGCCUGGACUAUAACACCUUUCUUCAAGUUCUCAAGCCCAUGUGUAUCUCUCUCAGGUGAAGCAACUGAGCCAGCAACACCCAUACUUCCCAAAGAAACACAGAAAGAAGACACCAAAGAAACAAUUAAAGAACGCAGAGAGGCUGCUUUGAAUCUUGCCUACAUCCUAAUUCCCAGUAUUCCCCUUUUCCUCCUACUUGUGGUCACUUCUGCUGUAUGUUGGGUUUGGAUCUGUAGAAGAAAACGAGAGCAGCCAGCCCCUAGCACAAAGGAGCAGCACACCAUUUGGCCCACCCCUCACCAAGAAACCAGCCCCAACCUAGACGUUUACAAUGUCAUCAGAAAACAAAGUGACGCUGAUUUAGCCGAGCCCCGGCCAGACCUGAAGAACAUCUCCUUCCGGGUGUGCUCUGCAGAAGCCAUGCCAGACGACAUGUCUUCUGACUAUGACAACAUGGCUGUGAACCCUUCAGAAAGUGGGUUUGUGACUUUGGCAAGUAUGGAGAGUGGAUUUGUGACCAAUGACAUCUAUGAAUUCUCCCCUGACAGAAUGGGGAGGAGCAAGGAGAGUGGGUGGGUAGAAAAUGAAAUAUAUUACUAAGACAUAUGGAGAAACUGGCAAGAAUGAAAAAGGAGAAGCAAAGGCCUCCGAUUUCUUACAAGGACAAUAUUCAGAAAGUUUAUGAAAAGGCUCAGCUCAGGUCUUAGGGGCGAGCACCGCACCACAACUUCCUUCUGGGUCCCCAAGUCCUCAGAGAGCCUCAUCCAGCUUAGCCAAGGUGAGAAGGCACCUUGCCCAGGCGCUGUUGCACAGCAGACUCUCAGUGAUUGUCAGACAGUGGCUUCUAACUGAUGUUCAAGGGCUGGUGGUGCUGUCACUGGUCAGGAUUAAGAGGUGACCAGGGAGCUUGGAAAGCCCACCUCUAGGUUCUGUUUUCCUUGCUCUAUACAGCAGCACGGGCAACACAAAAACACAAACUGUCAAAGUCUCUGUAUGGAAGCCUCAGGCUGACCUGCACAUCAACAAUUCCCAAACCUGCACCCCACCCCACCCCUGAAAAAAAUCCAAUAAAAAGCAGGAAGCAGAAUGUUA